UCAAAUUUCAAAAUAUUGGAUGAUCGACGUGUACAAAAAACUUUAAUCUUUUAUUUAAUUAAAUACAUACGCAUUUGUGAAGGUAAUGAAAAGAAAGUCUAAGCUAUUAAAAUAUAUAGAUAUGAAAAAUCAAUAAGAAGAAACUGUUCCUGCAUUUAAUAGAUAAUGCUGUGACCUGCGAUAAUACAAUUUAACCAUGAUUUCUUCAAAGGAUACUGUGAUUAAGAUUGAAGACUCCAGCAAUGGAAGAGAAAGCCAAAAAACCGCUGCCAUCAAUAUUCUAUGCCUGGACAUAACUCCUUACAGUCAACUGACUCAGUUUUUACUAUGUUCGGCAUUUGUGUUUAUAUGUUACCUUGCUUACGGAUAUUAUUUAGAGUUAAUAUUCUCAGGGGCAGAGGUCAAACCCGUGAGUUUGUACAUAACACUAGUUCAAUUUUUAAUCACAAUGUUCCUAAGCUACGUGGAGUCAUUAAUCAGGAAUCCUAUUAAACGAAAAGUCCCGAUCAGGACCUAUGCCAUCCUUGCAGCUCUAACACUUGGCACCAUGUCCUUCUCCAACCUAGCUUUAAGCUAUCUAAACUACCCUACACAACUGAUUUUCAAGAGCUGCAAACUCAUUCCCGUGAUGAUCGGCAGCAUCAUAAUAUUGGGUAAACGGUACGGAUUCCUGGACUAUGUCGCUGCUGUAAUUAUGUGCAUUGGACUCACAAUGUUCACAUUAGCUGAUUCCGACACAUCACCAAACUUUGAUGUUGUUGGUGUGUUUGUUAUAUCAUUAGCACUGUUGUGCGAUGCAAUUAUUGGCAACGUCCAAGAGAAGGCAAUGAAGCAGUUCCAAGCGUCGAACAAUGAAGUGGUCUUCUACUCGUAUGCUAUAGCAUGCAUUUACCUUGUGGUCAUCACUGGUGCUUCUGGCAUACUGAGUGAUGGAUUUGUCUACUGCGCUGAGAACCCAGUGAAAAUGUACACAAACAUUCUCCUGCUCAGCGUGACUGGGUACCUGGGGCUUCAAGCUGUGUUGACGCUGGUGCGGAUCUGUGGCGCCACCGUCGCGGUGACCGUCACCACUAUGAGGAAGGCGCUGUCGAUAGUCAUUUCUUUCUUGCUGUUCAGCAAGCCUUUUGUCUUCCAAUAUGUGUGGUCAGGAAUGCUGGUGGCUCUAGCAAUAUACCUAAACCACUACAGCAAGAAAAAUCCUCAAUAUGUGCCAAUACCACUGCUCCACUGCAGGCAUUAUAUGCAGAACUUCUAUCAAUCGGAAUACAGGUAUUUGAAGAUUAAAAGUAAAAUAUACUCAGAUACUGUAUAAUAUCACGAAGUAUGUUAUAGUGAGAUUAAAUUUUAAUUUAUAGGUUUUAAUAUUUGUAUCUUCUUUUUAGUUUAAAUUAAAUGACAGAAUGAUGAAAUUAUAGUGUAAUUUGAAAAUAUGUAAGAUGAUCUGUGAUUUUUAUGUCGUUAUAGCGAUUUCUAAUAUUAUACACACAGUAUAUUAACUUAGUUUGUGAUUAUAUUUGGAAUUUGAGUACCUAUUCAUUUAGUUUGUCUUACCCAUGAGUAACUUUUCUGUACUUUAAGUUGCUUAUAGAAUGAGUUUAUUAUUUAAUCCAUUGUGUUUCCCAUCUGUGUAUUUAUUUAUCACAUUAUUCAAAGACAUGCAUUUACGACAUUGUGGAAAUUGUAAAUAAAAGCUUUAUUUAUAUCAA